UGGUCAUAUUUCACAAUUAUAAAAUUUGAUUCAGUUUCCAGGACGCGCGGCUAUUCGUUAAAAUCGGCAAUUCGAUUUAUCAAGCUCAGUUAUCAAACAACCGGCUUCCUGUCGUUAUGGAGGGGCAACUCAGCAACGAUGGCACGAGUCAUCCCGUACGCGGCGAUACAGUUUGCUGCACAUGAACAAAUCAAAAAUUUGUUAUGGGUCGACAAACGCGGGGAGAGGACUCCGAUGAAGCGCCUUAUUGCUGGAUCGUUAGCAGCAGUUGUCGCUACAACAUGUACAUAUCCACUUGAUACCGCUAAAGCACGUCUUGCCACUUCAACUUCGAAAGAAUAUAGCUCUUUAUUAUCCGUUUUUAUCAAAGAUUAUCGAAGAUUCGGUAUUAGGUCAUCUUACAGAGGUUUAAUUCCGACUCUGAUGGGUGCAAUACCGUAUGCCGGUGCCAGUUUCUUUACUUUUGAAACUCUUAAAUUAUUCUAUAAUGAAAGAACGGGUGAUGAAGUGCCUGCCAUGCUGCGCCUUCAGUUCGGUGCAUUUGCGGGUCUUAUUGGUCAGUCGUCCUCUUAUCCGCUAGAUAUUGUGCGACGUCGAAUGCAGACCGGUAUUAUUCCUGCGGGACAAAAUGUAUUAUAUAGUAUGUAUGAGAUAUGGCUCACCGAGGGCAUCAAAAGAGGCCUUUACAAAGGCUUGAGCAUGAAUUGGAUCAAGGUACUUUUUUUAUGCGUUUUGUGUAUCUAUGCAAUGCAGAAAAUGCAUAUUGACGAGAGGUUGUCUGUGUAUGUACAUAUGUUUGUGUGUCUAUAUAUAUGUGUGCGUUUGUGUUUGUGUCUGUGUGUGCGCUGCGCAUCUCUACCGAUUUUUCAUCUCGAAACUUACAGAAGUUACAGGGCUGAAACUUUGGGAACAUGCAUUUAUGGGUCUCCAUCUCCGAAGUGGGCGUUCUUACCCGCAUGGUACUCACGUACGGGACAGCCAAAAUUUUUUUGUGUAAGUUGUUAACU